UCCUCCUCCUCACGGAAGCGACGCAGAAAAGCCACUGACGGACACAGACGGAAUAAAACGAACACGGACCGGGAAAAAGACAAACGAACCGGCGGAGGAGGCACAGUCGGCGGGACAGACCGACGGAGGGACGCGCACAGACGAACAUGGGACUGAACUGAGCUUGUCCUCCUGGUAACAGCAGCAGAACCGCAGCAGAACCUGCGGACCGGAGUGAGGACAGGCGCAGGACACGAACAUGGCCCACGUAGGCAACGGAGAGACGGGAGAGGAGGAGGACUGCUUUGAAGACGCUUACGACCGCAUACCAGCGGCGUGUCACAUGGACCUGCACACGGCCAUCCAGGAAACUCAGUGUGCUCUCAACCUCGUCCUCAACAACAAGUUCUCUGAAGCCCUGGACCUCCUCAAACCAUGGUGGAAGGACAGCAUGUACCACGCCCUGGGUUACAGCAGCAUCCUGGUGAUGCAGGCGGCCAUGACGUUCGAGCACAGGGACAUCCAGACUGCCAUGGCGACCAUCAAGGAGGCGCUGCAGACCUGUCAGAGGUUCAGGAAGAAGAACUCGGUGGUGGGAUCUCUGUCCAGUCUGAUCAACAAACAGUCUAACCUGCAGGAAGAGGAGAUGCACGCAGAGAUCUGCUACGCCGAGUGUCUCCUGCAGAAAGCCACGCUCACCUUCGUCCAGGAUGAAAACAUGAUCAGUUUCAUCAAAGGAGGCAUCAAGAUCCGAACCAGCUACCAGAUCUACAAAGAUUGUCAGAAUGUGCUGAAUGUCACUCAGGACCUGGCGGGCCAGUCUGAUUCGUUCAGACAGUACGAGGGCGGAGUCAAACUUGGCAUCGGCUCCUUCAACUUGAUGUUGUCUCUGCUGCCUCAGAGGAUUUUGAGGCUACUCGAAUUCAUCGGAUUCUCCGGAAACCGGGACUUUGGUCUGUCUCAGUUGAGAGAAGGCUCGUCCAGUCACAGUUUGAGAUCCAUCCUCUCCGCGCUGACUCUGCUUUUCUACCACACUUAUGUUUCACUGAUUCUCGGAACUGGCGAGGGAAACCUGGUGGAAGCUGAAGCUCUGCUGGAGCCGUAUCAACACAAAUACCCCAAAGGCUCCAUUAUCCUCUUUUACUCUGCGCGCAUCGCCACGCUGCGAGGAGACUUCGAGAAGGCUCGGUGCAGGUACGAGGAGUGCAUCAGCAGCCAGCAGGAGUGGAAGCAGAUCCACCAUCUGUGUUACUGGGAGCUGAUGUGGGCUCAUACGUACCAGCAGGAGUGGCAGCAGGCGUAUUGCUACGCCGACCUGCUGUGCAAGGAGAGCCGCUGGUCCAAGGCCAUAUAUGUUUUCCAGAAGGCCGCCAUCCUCAGUAUGAUGUCAGAGGACGAAGUCAGGAGGACGGGGGAGGACAUCGUCGCGCUCUUCAGACAGGUGGAAGGCCUGAAACAGCGUUUGGCGGGAAAGUCGAUCCCGACAGAGAAAUUUGCAGUGAGGAAGUCACGUCGCUACAAAGCUGCUAACCUCGUGCCCCUGGUCAUCCCUGCACUGGAAAUGAUGUAUGUGUGGAACGGUUUCACCAUCGUGGGGAAGAGAGCGGAUUGUACCGAGGCUCUGCUGGUCACCAUCGAGGCGGCCGAGGAGCAGCUACGCAACAACGCCAACCCGUCCGAGUUUCAUCCAGACGACAGUUGUCUGGUCCAGAUGUUGAAGGGUCUGUGUCUGAAACACCUGGGCAGGUUACUGCAGGCUGAGCUGUGCUUCACACAGGUGCUGUCCAGUGAGAGUCGGAUCAGAUACGAUCACUACUUGAUUCCCUUCACUUUCUAUGAGUUGGGUUUGUUGUACAAACAACAGGGAGACUUCGCCAAGGCUGCUGUCUUCAUCGAGAACGCCAAGACGAACUACAAAGAUUACUCCAUGGAGUCCAGACUGCACUUUAGGAUCCACGCGGCUCUCAACAGCCUCAAAGGGUCACCCGUCGGCACGCCGUGAUCCUCCGCUGGAAACACCCACGCAAGGAUUCACGCCGCCGCCUGCUGUCGUUGCCUAGUAAACAAAGACACCAAAGGUGUGUCGGGAUUUUUCUGUUCACUCUGUUUUUCCUUCACAAGCUUUAUCUUAUUUAAUCUUAUUGUCUGUGUAUUUAUUUUGUGAGUCGCUUAUACGUGUGUGUGUGUGUGUGUGUGUGUGUUAUUGUUUGAACACAUGCACGAUAUGAACUCUUUUCUUUACUUUAUUUCUUGAUGAUAUCAUUAUGCAUCAUCACGCCACGCAAAACACAGCCUUCUCACCAACUGUGGCUUAUACACACACACACACACACACACACACACACACUCCAGACAUGGCAAUAUAUGCACACUGACAACACACACACACACACACACAUGAAUGGCUGUAAAUGCACACAUUUAUCAGCAAUAUAAAAGAAGAAGUUCUGUAAAUGACUAACACUCGAAGCCGUACUUCCUUAUUUCUCGCAGGCAGAGUUGUUAAAUGAAAACGCUCGCGCUCAUCGCGACAAAUGUCACAACCACGGGAAUUUUGAAGAAAAAAAAAACCAAACAAAAUCCUGUCAGAUAAUUUAAAUUUGGUCUGAAGACAAGUUUGAUCUGUGUCGCUGCUAGCAUGACUACAGUUUUUGCUGUAGCCUAUUUUAUUAGCACCUACUAGCACAUCAUUACAACAAUAACUGCUACAAACAUAAUUAACUUAAACUAAACUUCACUAACUGCUACCAUCAUAGCUAUGUCGUAACUACAUUUCAGCUCCUAGCAUAUAUAUAUUAGCUCUUAAUUGUUUACGUUAACUAUUCCAGCAUAACCACCACAAACAUUGCUAACAUGUUAAAACCUACUAGCAUAACUUCACCAUUAGCUAUUAGCUCUUAUAACUGCUACCAUGAUAGGAACAUAACUGCAAUUAAAGCUACAAGCAUAAAUAUAUUAGCUCUUACAGUAACUGCUAGCAUAACGACAGCAACUAACUGAGACAAGCGGUACCAUAAAAUUUGCUACUAACAUACUGUACGUUAGAACCGACUAACGUAACGUCACUAACUGCACCAGCAUAAACACAUUAGUUCCUUCUAGCAUAGCUGUUAGCGCUUACUGGCACAUCCACUCUGCUGCUAACAUCAUUAUUUUUAAAUACUACUAGCACAACUUUACCAAUUGCUGACAUCGUAAAAAUCACCACCACUAGCCAGAGAACAUUAACUGCCAGCAUAACCACAACAACUAACUUCAGUUAUCAUAAACUACGAAAUUAUAUGAUACUGCUAAUAUGUAAGCUCCUACUAGCAUUAAUUACUGCAUAACUACAUUAGCGCAGCCUAGUAUUGCAAGUUAAUAUUAUGAUUUCCUGCUACAAAGGAAUGUGGUUGUUGAUGAAGUUGAAGCAGCUCCACCUCUGAGAAAUAGUCGCAUGCUUAAAACGUACACUCGGCCCACGUUCACUCAAACAUCGGAAAACGACUGAAACUGCGCGCCUCAAGCGUCUUUGCUAACGUUGUUACUGUUUGUAAGCAGGCGAGCCAAGGAAGACAACGACUACGUCUAAUAAAUAUUAUACGCAGCAGAAAUACUGAUGAAGAACGUCUAUUUAUGUUGUGACUAUUUAAAAAAACAAGCACAAUCUAUGAUUCACUCCCCGCUAAUUCUGCGUUCCAUUUACGUCGGAAGUCGGAGCUGGGAGUGAAUUUCCACAGAGAAGUCUACAUGCGGCAACGUGUCUACGAAUAAAAACUUAAUGGUACUGUGGGGUUGAGUUCCUUCCUGACCUCGGAAAUUCCGAGUUCUGACUACAAAUGGAACGCACCAUUAACCCGGCAUGUUUUUGUAGUUUGAUAUUAUUUAUUGCAAUGAAGUUGUUUUUUUUUGAUGAGAUAUUUAUAGAGAUUUUUAUGAGUGCCGUAAAUAUAUAAUAAUCGUGCAACUUACAGUUAAUUAAAGAGUUAUAAAAUGAUCGAACAACGGAAAACAACGCGUAAACGUCGCCUUUUCUUCCAUGUUUGAGUUUGAAUAAAACAGCCUUACGAUUCCAGUGAUGAAUGUAUCAACUGAAAGACCAAAUUAUACGUGUUGAGGGUUUUUUUUGGUUUGUUUUUGUUUGUAUUUCAUACCUUUGAGUGUAACUUCCUUUUUUUUCUACGUCUUUACGUUUUAAUCUGACACUUCCAAACGGUUUGAUUCGCCAAAUGCGAUGAAUUAAAAUUCAGGAGUUGUUGUUUUGUUUUUUGUUCUAAAGGAUUUGUCGCAAUAAGCGCUACGAUGCUAAAUCAACUGUUAAUGCUCGGUGAGACUUUAGAAAAGGAAAUAAAGAACAAGAGAACAAAAAAUGUAAUAUGUUUGAUUGGUAGCUAAUUAGGAAAUAAAAUGCUUGUGUCUCCAUUAGGGGGCGUCACGAUCUCGACCUUUGAAAGCAUAAGUGGAAUCAAAGAUUUAACCCUGUCGGUGAUACGCUCUGUGUUAAAGGGUUAUUAACCACGCCCCCAGGGCUAAAAGAGAUUGAGAAUCGAAUUAUGACGAAAAUCAACGGUGACACCUCUGGUCUCCAUGUGCAAUAACGAGUUGUGCCUCAUGUUACAAAAUGGCGCCUUCAUAUGGGAGCGUUUUUUUUACAACCGCUGCCAUAUUUUUACAACUAAAAAUACAAAUUAUAAACUUAAUAUUCAGCAAAAUGAAAAGAGUUUUGACUUAACUUUACUUGCAGUGUCCUCAAUGCAACUUUAGGGAGCAGUCCUAAUGAUCUCAUCUCGUCAAAUAUCGCAAACAUGACGUGUUUGCGAUAUUUGAUAUAUUUAAUAUUAAUAACUUAUGAAGCGUACAAAUGGCCAAGAUGGACCCCAAAUUCAAAAUGGCCGUCUUCCUGUUGAGCCGAAGCUGUCCCGAUUGACCGCCAAGUUUUGUGAAACAUCAUUUUUUUCGCUCGCUCCAUUUACGUUUCACCUUAGGGGGGCGCUGGUGCAACGCACAGGUUCGAGUGUUAUGGCGAUCCCGCAUUUUCUCCACACCUGACCUCCAUGCAAAGUUUUUAUGUGCGUUAAGCCGCUCAAAAAUGAAUGUUAAUAAUAAUAGGAACGUGUCAGUAACGCGAUGUUUUUGUUAUAUAUUUGUUAUAUAAAUAUUUCCAAAUAGAUUUUUGUGCUAAUAUUUUAGCAUGUGUCAGUUUUUACCGUUACUGUAAAACGUCACAUUUUGUCGCAUGCUGCAAUGCACCUGGAGACGACACGUUUAUAAAUGAACUAACUUAUAACUUUAACUAAGAAAUUGUUUCUGUUGAAGCUUUUCUUAAACUGCAGCUAUAAAUAAACUUUACUUUGCAUGUUUUUUUUUGACUGUACGUUGUCUGGUACGAGGUGCGAGGUGCAAUAAAAAAAAAUUCAUUUAUUUUAAAGUCACUUUUGAUGUCGUUAAAUGUUCAUUUCCUCAGACGUCUCAACUUAAUUGUUUUAGUUUUCAAAUGAGCACAAAAAAUGUAAAUGUUUGGAUAGUUCGAUCUGAAUGUUCCAGAGUGAAAUGUAUAACACGAGACAUUCCACUUAUAUAAAAACUUAAAGAGUUUUUUCUAAUGAUAAUAAAAAAUAUACAUUUUGAGAAAUUCCUCAAUAUAUUAUUCGUCCAUGUAUAUUAUAUAUAUUACAUAAAACUAUUGAGCUCAUUGUUUCUGACAUUUUGAAAAAAUCUAAAGAAGAAAUUUUUUGAAAUACCCAAACAAGCUUUUUUUCCUUUUUUAUUAUAACAAAUAUGUAAAAUGUGACGUUAACCAAACAACUUAAUUUUGCGUAAACUUAAAUAAUAGUUUACUUACAAAACCCAUAAUUUAAUGAAUAUUUUUAAGUUGCUGACAAAAUCAGUUGGUUAGCAAUGUCAAAGCUAACUACUAAAAUGCUCUUUUCUUUUGUAGCUUACCCAAAUCAAAAUUUGUUUACUUAAAAAAACAAACACAUUUAAUCUAUGUUUUUCAGUUUGAACAAAAUCACUUUAAUUUAGCUUAGUGUUAGCGAUGUAUUAAAUGUUAUUUUAGCUGAAAUCUUUCCUUUGCCUGAACAAACAAGCUAACUGCUAAAGACAUCUCUGACAUUUGAGGAAGUAUAACUUUUCUUUUAAAUAAAAACAGCUCCUUUUUUGACUGAAUGUGAAACGUGUGCAAUACAUCUUGAUUUUAAAAGCCAUAAUUAUUUAGUUCAUUGUCCUCAAGGUCAUGUGAUCGUCUCUUCCUGCCUCUAUGAUGUGUCCGUUAGCUUCUUUUAGUUCAAGCUAGUUUUACUGGGGUUUUUCGUCACGUUGUCGUGGUUUUACAUUUUCUGUCGUUCGUAAAAAGGGCAAAGUCAUAACUUCUUUCUUUCGGGAGCCGAAGCUUUGUUCGAACGCAAACCUCCGAUCUUCCAUUUACACGUUCACCUCCAGCUAGCUUAGACACGGCUAACGCUGUACGACAAUAACACUCCGACAAAAAAAAUGUUUUGUUGUGAAAUAAAGUUGUGUUUUUUUCUCCGCAUGUUUCCCAACUGGCAACUUUGAUCUUUACUUUAUUGUUUAGUUUAAUCUGAUCUUUGCUUUUAUUGAAUUCUCAUUUAUUAUUGAUGUGAAGAUAAUCUGAAGUUUCUCCAACCAAAUAAAUGAAUCGACUUCA